AUGGUAUACAAUUCGUUGACCCAGGCUCCUCGCAACUUCAAGGAGGCUGUUGACUGGUUGAUGGCCGUGAGGGGAGAUGGUGCUAAAAGAAACGUAGCAGCAUUGGGUGCCGCACUCUUCAGUUUCCUGGCAGACAAAACAGUUGACAAGAUGGAGAUGCCGGCCCUCGAAGAAGUUAAACAUGUUACUAAAAAGUUCCUGGAUCAACCGGAGCUUAGGAACCAGUGGUUCGUAGGAGGGCUGGUUAAGCGGUACAACGACCUUAUUAAUAAAUCACCUGGAGGGUUAGCUAAGUACUGUCGGGUUGUUGACGAAUCCGAUGAGAACGUCGUAAAGGGCAAGGGCAUCACUGCUGGAUCCAUUUUGUAUAUGGCACUGAGAUUCUUGGAUGAUAUUAAAAGCCCAGGCGAGUACGAGUCUGCUCACAGUCCAGAGGCUACGUGGAGUAAAUCAUGUACCCAAAAGCCGGAAGAUUGCGCAGCUGUCUUCGUGGGUAUUGCGCCCAUGUUGUACGCAGGUGUACGUUCUCUGCACUAUGCGAGUAUAGCCGACACCUUAAAUUGGGCACCGUCAACGGAGCAGGAGUUUAGUUUGGGGAAGAUAUUGAAAGCCUUGGGUUACGUAAAGCCAGAACGCCGCACUGGCAUGACGGCUUCGUAUGUCGGCCGUGCUUUGGGCGGCUUUAGAUACGAGACAACUAACUUCAUUUUCGACCUCGCUGGCUUCUGGGCGUUGUAG